AUGUACAGCAUGCUGGAGGGCGAGCUCAAGAGCCCCCAGCCCGCCCCGGGCGGCGCGGGGGGCCCGGCGGGGGCUGCGGGCAAAGGUGGCGGCGGCGGCGGGGGAGCGAGCGGCGGGGGCGCGGACCAGGACCGGGUGAAGCGGCCCAUGAACGCCUUCAUGGUGUGGUCGCGGGGCCAGCGGCGGAAGAUGGCCCAGGAGAACCCCAAGAUGCACAACUCCGAGAUCAGCAAGCGCCUCGGGGCCGACUGGAAGCUGCUGAGCGACGCCGAGAAGCGGCCCUUCAUCGACGAGGCCAAGCGGCUGCGGGCCGUGCACAUGAAGGAGUAUCCGGAUUACAAAUACCGGCCCCGCCGGAAGACCAAGACCCUACUGAAGAAGGACAAGUACUCGCUGCCCGGCAACCUGCUGGCCCCCGGCGGGGCCAGCGCCGUCAGCAGCCCCGUCGGGGUGGGCCAGCGCCUGGACACCUACGCCCACAUGAACGGCUGGAGCAACGGGGCGUACUCGCUGAUGCCGGAGCAGUUGGGCUACGGGCAGCACCCGGCCAUGAACAGCCCCCAGCUGCCGCAGAUGCACCGCUACGACAUGAGCGGCCUGCAGUACAGCCCCAUGAUGUCCACGGCCCAGUCCUACAUGAACGCGGCCUCCUCCUACAGCAUGUCCCCCGCCGCCUACGGCCAGCAGCCCGGCACGGCCAUGAGCCUGGGCUCCAUGGGCUCGGUGGUGAAAUCCGAGCCCAGCUCGCCGCCGCCGGCCAUCACCUCCCACUCCCAGCGGGCCUGCCUGGGGGACCUGCGGGAUAUGAUCAGCAUGUAUCUCCCGCCCGGGGGGGAUGCCACAGACCCUUCCAGCCUGCAGGGCAGUCGGUUGCACAGUGUCCACCAGCACUACCAGAGUGCCGGGACGGGGGUCAAUGGCACUGUACCGCUGACUCACAUCUGA